GAGAACAUUAGGUUUAUUCUAAAUGUAGAAAGUUGAAAACAUCAUCAUGAUUUUGCUGGUCCUCGUCACCCUUACGUCUGCCGUUAUGGGAGGCCUCCUUCCCGCCGCACCGGUUACCCUUCCACCCAUCUCCAUUCUGGAUCAAUCCAUCGACACCGGUCCCUUCGAUGCCAAGGCCAACAUCACCUACCAAAAUAAUGAACUCGACUACGACGUUGGUGAAUGGGUUAACCUGUCCGAACUUCCCGGCCCGAUUCAUAUCCCUGUAAACCAAUCCAUGCAGGCUCUUGGCGCAUUUGGAGAAAAUUCUUGGGCCGUUAUGAAUGGCUCACUGUCCAUCCCGGGGUGCUAUAACAUGUGGCAAGUUAACGGUGCGCUGGGUCUGAUAGGGUCUAACGUGGGAGGUUCUCUCAUCAAUUGUCUAUACGGAGACCAACUUCUCACCGUUCUGUUGGAUCCGACAUUGCUACCUACGGCGUAUUUCAUACGGGACAUUCCAAAAGCCUAAAUGACAAACCCGCAUUCAAUAUCUGAGAAAAUUAUUGAUUUAUUGGAAAAUAAAAGACAAUUCUUUAAUUUUAA